UUUCCACUGGCGGGAGAAAAAGAAAACUUGCCUCCAAGUGGUGAUUGUGAUGAAAAUUGGCUUUCUACUAUCUGGGGAAACAGAAACGCAGGCUGGCUCUCUGGCAAUAGCAACCAUACAUGCUCCUUUCCAUCGUAAGCAGCACAAAGCAAAUCCUCCCUCGCGGAAUAAUAACAAACAAAUACUUCCCCCUCUCCACGACCGCUCUACAACCAAGCUCCCACAACCACCAACCCAAGCCCCAGUCUCUCCACUCCUCCAACAAAGAAAUAUCUACCUACAUCCGUAAUGGAGAUUUGGUCUCCGCCCUCAGAGUCUUCAACUCCAUGCCUCUUAAAACCACAAUCUCUUGGAACUCUCUCCUCGCUGGAUACUGCAGGAAGCCCGGAAAACUGAAACAAGCCCUCCAACUGUUCGCUCAAAUUCCCCAACCGGAUGUCGUCUCCUACAACACCCUCCUCUCUUGCCACCUCCUCAAUGCUGACCUUCGCGGCGCCCGCUUCCUCUUUCAAACCAUGCCUUUCAAGGACCUCGUCUCCUGGAAUACCAUGGUCUCUGGGCUAUCCCGGCAUGGCGCGAUGGACGAGGCUCAAGACCUUUUCUUGGCAAUGCAUCAGAAGAAUUCUGUUUCUUGGAAUGCGAUUGUCUCUGGAUAUGUGCAAGCCAGCGAUAUGUGCUCCGCGGAGGAAUUCUUCAAGCGAGCACCGGAUAGAUAUGAUGUUGUGCUGUGGACAGCGAUGAUAUCUGGGUACAUGAGUUGUGGUAAGAUUGACAAGGCUCUGGAGCUGUUUGACAGAAUGCCUGUAAGGAAUUUGGUGUCUUGGAAUGCUAUGGUUGCGGGGUAUGUUAAGAAUGGUCGGUCAGAGGAUGGGUUAAAGCUUUUCAAGACAAUGGUGGGGAGCAUUGAGGUGAGGCCAAAUUCAUCGACCCUGAGCAGUGCUCUGCUCGCCUGCAGCAAUCUUUCAGCUCUGGAAUUGGGAAAGUUGAUCCACCAGUUGGUUUUAAAGUUGCCGCUUGGUUUUGAUACAACAGUCGGUACUUCACUAGUGAGCAUGUAUUGUAAAUGCGGGGAUUUAGAUCAUGCGUGCAAGAUCUUUUAUGAAAUGCGUAGAAAGGAUAUUGUCACAUGGAAUGCAAUGGUCUCUGGGUUUGCACAACAUGGACAUGGGGUGAAGGCAAUAGCAUUGUUUGAUGAGAUGAGGAGUGAGGGAGUGGAGCCCAAUUGGAUCACGUUUGUCGCGGUCUUAUCUGCUUGCAACCAUACGGGAUUGCUGGAUCUUGGAAUCCAGUACUUUGAAUCGAUGGAGAAGGAUUAUGGUAUCAUGCCUCAAUUAGACCAUUACUCUUGCAUGGUUGAUCUUUUCUGCCGAGCUGGUUUGCUGGCGAGAGCAAUACACUUGAUCCACUCAAUGCCCAUUAAGCCACAUCCAUCCAUGUUUGGGACCUUGUUGGGGGCUUGUAGGGUCCACAAGAACUUGGAAUUUGCUGAGCUUGCUGCUCAAAAAUUAGUUGAACUAGAGCCAUGGGGUGCAGGGUCAUAUGUCCAAUUGGCUAACAUUUAUGCAUCCAUGAAUAGAUGGGGUGAUGUCUCUAGGGUGAGGAGGUUGAUGAAGGAGAAUGAGGUGAUAAAAACACCAGGGUAUAGUUGGAUCGAGGUGAGGGGUGUCGUUCAUAAGUUCAGGUCAGGAGACAGAGUUCACUCGCAAUUGAACUUGAUCCAUGAAAAAUUAUCUGAGUUGGAGAAGAAGAUGAAGAAAGUGGGCUAUGUGCCAGAUCUUCAGUUUGCAUUGCACGACGUUGGUGAGGAGCAGAAGGAGAUGAUGCUGAUGCGGCAUAGUGAGAAGCUUGCUAUUGCUUUUGGGCUGAUUAGCACAUUUUCUGGGACUACACUGAGGGUAUUCAAAAACCUCAGGGUAUGUGGAGAUUGUCACAAUGCUGCCAAGUUUAUUUCUAUGAUUGAAGGACGGGAUAUUAUCCUGAGGGAUACUACUAGGUUUCAUCAUUUCAGCAAUGGCAGUUGCUCUUGUGGGGAUUACUGGUGAAGAAGCUUCCAACUUAUGACACAAGAGGCAAUCACCAAGAAAGCAUGGUUGCUGCAUAGGGACCAAAACAUUAAAGCUCUGCAAAUUGAAAAUGCAUAGUCAACUAGCAAUAUAGAGUGAAUACAAAAUAGUGGCUUAUGAAUCUGAAUUGAAUAUUUGAAGAUCAGUAGGCCAGAAAUUUCAUGGAAUUCUUAAAGUUAUUUAAAAGAUGUUCUGAUGGCUCUAUGCUUUUUUUUUUUUGCACCUGAAGUAUGGUUCUUGGUCGACAAGUCCUUGAUUUUGCAAUAGAAACUUUGGCAGAUUUGAGUAAUCUACCAGAAAGCUGUUGCCAGAAUGAGCUUCAGAAACUUGGAACUUAGAAAUCUGAGCAAGACGAGCAUGCAAGGCAGGCAGAGUAAUUAUUCUACUGAAUUUGGAAGAGGAUCAUGCAGGUACAAAACAUUGAUGUGAUGGAAGUCUUUUUCAGGCCUUAGAUUUCAUUCUACAGCAGGUAUUGCCUGUUUACUUGAGCUGAAACAUUGCCUUACCAAAAUCAAGUUUAUGCUUCCUGAUAUUUGAAGUACAGUCCAUUUGGAAAAUAAUGGUGCUGACAGAAAUGCUUUCAACUAUUUUUUUUUUUUCCUCUGGAUUUGGAAGCCUUGCAAACUUCCAAGAGCGAUCCAGAAGAACUUACGCAAAAGCCAAUCAAUCAGCAAUUGUUCAGUAGUAAUAGUUUCUACUUACUGCUACCUAUAGGAUGGUUGUAAUUGCAUCAAAGUUGAUGCAUACUGGAAGUUGUAUUUCGAAACGUUCAUUUGCAGCAAAAGAGGAUUACAAUUUCUUCAUGAUCUUUUGCGGUAAAGAAAUUUAUGGGCAUCACAAUGCAAUUUGAGCGGAAUUUUUUGCCUGCAGGCACCUGCCCAACCAUCAGUCCAUGUAGCUUCUCCUUCUUGUGUAUUUGUAAUCUCAGUUGGGAUGGAGAUAUAUACAGCUAUCCAUUUGUGACUUCA